GCCCAUUUUGUCCCGAUUUCCCAAAAUAAUUCAUUCCCAGUUUGCCGAAAAGAAAUUCAUAAAGAAAUUCAAUCAACUGUAACAACAAGAGAAUCUGACAAUGCUUCAAGGAAAAAAUAAACAGAAAACUAAUAACGUUGAUAAAACGGAAAGAACGGAGUUGGAGACCAAACCGGAAAUUGCAAAUGAAACUGAGAAGACGCGUCGUGUGCCACAGAGCAACAGCAAGACCGCAAUCACUCCGGAGAAUAAGAGCAUGAUUCAAUUUGCCUACAGUAUCCUGAUGCGAGUUCUUGAAAGCGGAAAGAGCACAGAUAUGGAGCUGACACGUCUUAUUCCACCUGAGGAUGUAGAAACUUUGCUGUUUCAUGCAUUCAGCAUAUUCAAUAAGCAACCAAUGCUCAUUGAGGUCAACUCACCAAUUAACAUUUGUGGUGACAUUCAUGGACAAUUCAGUGAUCUUCUUCGCCUCUUUGACAAAAACGGCUUCCCACAUCGUGCGAAUUAUCUGUUUCUUGGUGAUUAUGUGGAUCGUGGAAAGCAUUGCCUUGAAACAAUCUUGCUUCUAUUCGCCUACAAAGUCAUCUUUCCAAACCAUUUCUUCAUGUUGCGAGGCAAUCACGAAUGUUCACUUAUCAACAGGCAAUAUGGAUUCUACGAAGAGUGUCAGCGCCGUUACAACAAACCAUCCGUAUGGCAUUCGUUUCAAGGUGUCUUUUCGGUUAUGCCAUUGACAGCUCUUGUUGGUCAGAGAAUUUUGUGUAUGCAUGGCGGUGUUUCCAAAAUGCUUCAAAACGUCAGUCAACUUCGUGCUAUCAAACGUCCAUUUGACAAUCCUGAGCCAAAUACGCUUGCAAUUGACAUUCUUUGGAGCGAUCCAACAAACUUCCAAAAAGGAUGGAACCCGAACUCUCGUGGUGUUUCGUACGUUUUUGGAUCAGAUGCCCUUCGCAAACUUCUCGAUCGUCUUCAAAUUGAUCUCGUGGUUCGUGCUCAUCAAGUUGUGCAAGACGGCUACGAAUUCUUUGCUAAUCGUCGUCUGGUUACAAUCUUUUCGGCACCGUUCUACUGUGGACAGUUUGAUAAUGCAGCUGCAGUGAUGUAUGUCAAUAAGAAUCUUGUUUGUUCGUUUGUGGUUCUCCGUCCUAGAAAGAAAAUUGCGAGACGUCGUAUGAUGCCAGCGGUCAACUAGUGUAUGAUUCCUCGAAUGUAUUGAACUUUUCUUCUGUCUCGAAUUUCCAGUGAUAUAAACACAUUCUCGUGAUUGUUCCUUUCUCCGGUAGUAGUGCAUAGAUAUUAUUGUUUAUUCAGUUCCAUCCACUCACUUUUCUCUCUCUUUCAUUUCAUGAACUUGUUGUAUGUUCUUCCCUUUCAUGGAUUUUGUGUGUGUGUUCUUCUUUUUGAUGGUAUGUUAGCUCACAUACACUACUAUUUUAUUUUUAUUCGUGAUCUCUUCUCGUUUUUUCGAAUAAAUGUUUAUGUU